UGCAUGCUUAUACAUUUGUUGGCUCUUGGUAACUUUUUCUGGCAUUUAUACUCCGCUUGGGCUAACCGUCUCCGGAUACUCAAGUACCUUUGCAUUGAAAUCUCUCGCAGUCAAGAAAUCGUUUUUCCUUGAAAUGGACAGCAGAAGCUUGCGUGAACAAAUUGCGGCCAUGAGGCAAUCCUUCUUUGAUGAGGAGAUUUUGGACGCGCAAUUCAGUCAGCUCGAGCAGCUAACCGAUAAAGACGAACCCCACUUUGCAGAGGAUGUGGUGACCAUGUACUUCAGGGAGUCGACUGAUAACCUGAUACCUGCUAUUGAGGAGCAUAUGAAAGCUACCCCGAUUGACAUCCCUAAACUAGACAGGGUCAUGCAUAAGCUUAAGGGCAGCAGUGCCAGCAUUGGUGCUAACAAAGUUCGAAAUGAGAUCAACAACACAAUGGCGCUUUUGGAGGAAGGGAACGUGGAAGGGGCAAAGGCCGCCUUCGAGCAGGUGCUAAAGGAGCAUGAAACUCUCAAAGGCAAGCUCGAGACCUAUUUUCAGCAACUGAGGCAAGCAGGCCCCGUUGACUCAGCCUCUUCUUCCAAGUGAAGCGGACGUGUUAAAGCUGGAGAUAGAAGCUGGAAUUUGGUGGCCUCAUUGCUUCAAGCAAAUCCACCAUUUUCAUGAUCUGCUUUUAGAAUAUAAUAAAAACUGGGGAUAGUUCAUUUUCUGCGUUGGGUCUUUCAUCUGUGUGCCUUUGGAUCCUGUUAUAAGGGUUUCCU